UCAACUUGAUCAACGUGUAUGCUACAUGUACUUCCUAACUUCUGCUUGGGAGGCAUUCGAUCGAGGCAGCAGCAACUCGCGGCACGUCACGAUGGCUUCCGCCGCUCGCGACCGUGCCGGCGGCGCGGUGUUACUGUGCGGAACUCUGCUGAUGCUUGCCACUGCUCCGACUCCGGGUACAGCCACGGCGCGGCGCGCGUCCGUGAUCAUGGUGAAAUCGUUGCCACGCGAAGACGACGCUCCCGGCGCCGCCGCCGCCGCGAAGGUCGCGAGAGAGACGCCCUCGUCGUUAAAAGGUGGGAUGUUGUAUCCGAGGGACUCCGAGAGUAGAGAGACGAAGGAGCUGUCCGGUAUGUGGAGCUUUCGCACGUCCGGCAGUGACCAGGAUGCCGGAUUCCGUGAACAAUGGUACAGCAAGCCACUGUCCCAGACGGGACCGGUGAUACCCAUGCCGGUGCCGGCCAGCUACAACGACAUCACGCAGGACGCGGCGAUCCGGGAUUACGUCGGAUGGGUGUGGUACGACCGCGAGUUCUUCGCUCCCACCAGGUGGCGCACCGACGAUCUGCGCGUGGUUCUGCGGUUCGGCAGCGCUCACUAUUACACCAUUGUGUGGGUCAACGGCCAGCGGGCGGUCAGCCACGACGGUGGUCACCUUCCGUUCGAGGCCGAUGUCGGGCAUCUGCUGAGCGACGGUCGCCGCGGCAACCGCGUCACGGUCGCCAUCAACAACACGCUGUCACCGUUCACGCUGCCGACGGGCUCGAUCGAGUACAAGAACGACACGAACAUGUACCCACCCGGAUACUUCGUGCAGAAUCUCAACUUUGAUUUCUUCAACUAUGCCGGCAUCCAUCGCACAGUGCUGCUCUACACGACUCCGGCAACGUACAUCGACGACAUCACCGUGGUAACGGACGUGCGGGAUGCUGUCGGUGUGGUGCGAUACAACCUGACACUGGGUGGUAGAGAUCUCAACCCCAGUGCAACCUGCAAAGUUGUCAUCAGAGACAAAGAGGGCACAGCCAUCGCCAAGUCCGCUGGAGUUCAGGGAGAGGUCAAGGUCGCAGACGCCAUUUUAUGGUGGCCAUUCACAAUGCACCCGCAGCCAGGUUACAUGUACACAUUCGAGGCGCGCUGUGCUGCGGGACAGGAGGGCGUGGAGGAUGUAUACAGACUCCCGUUCGGAAUCCGCACCGUCAACGUCACCAAGUCAGAGUUCCUCAUCAACGGGCGACCGUUCUACUUCAUGGGAUUCGGGAAACACGAGGACGCCAACAUUCGUGGCAAGGGGCUCGACUACGCCCUCAUCGCGAAGGACUUCAACCUGAUCAGGUGGCUGGGAGCGAACAGUUUCCGUACGUCGCACUACCCGUACGCCGAGGAGAUCAUGGACCAGGCCGACCGGCAGGGCGUCGUCGUCAUCGACGAGGUGCCGGCUGUAGGGCUUCAUAAGGAGAAUUUCGCCAAGCAGACACUGCAGCACCAUCUGGUGGUGAUCGAAGAACUUAUUCGACGGGACAAGAAUCGUCCGUCCGUCGUCAUGUGGUCUAUCGCCAACGAACCCAGCUCUAACCUGGCGGUGUCUAACGACUACUUCAAGGCCGUGGCGGAGCGAGCGCGGAGCCUGGACGUCUCGCGCCGACCGCUGACCAUAGCUCUGAGUUCGGCCGCAGCGAAGGAUGUUGCUCAUCAGCAUCUCGACGUCGUCAUGGUGAAUCGCUACUUCGGCUGGUACUCGGACCCGGGGCGCGCGCAGCUGAUCGGCCGGCAGCUUCUCGCCUGCAUCGAGGAGUGGAGGAACGUGUCGGGGAAACCUGUGAUGGUGUCCGAGUACGGAGCCGACACCAUCGCCGGGAUGCACAUGGAUCCGCCGUACGUAUUCACGGAGGAAUACCAGGUGCAAUUAAUCGGUGAAUAUCACAAGGCGUUCGACGUUCUUCGCAAGAAAGGAUAUUUCGUGGGCGAGCUCAUCUGGAAUUUUGCUGACUUCAUGACUGCUCAGACGAUCACACGCGUCGUUGGCAACAAGAAGGGCAUACUGACGCGCGACAGGCAGCCGAAGGCGUCUGCUCACGUCAUACGCAGACGCUACCACCAACUCGUCAACAGCAGCCUCGACGACUGCGCCAUCUACUGGUGAUGACAGGAAUUCUUUUCGCGAUCUAUAACUAUACCUGUGGCGUAGUAUAGCUAAGUAUAAUAGCGUAGUAUAAGCGUAAUAUAAGCGUAGUAUAAUAGCUAAGUAUGUAUUAUU